AUGAAGCGUUCACCACUUCCUUCCGAAACGCUUUCGUUGGCUUCAUUGGCUUUCACAGUUCUAAUAUUGACAGGCGUCAUACUUUGGCACGAUAAUGCUUUGCAAACUACUACUCUUUCAAGGACGGCUCAACCAAACGUCAUCGCCAGGCGUUUCCUUGCUGAUGCGGACGAUGGACACAAAGACGCACCAACGCUGGACGAUGAUCAAAACCGGACCACAACAUGCAAAAAAUACUUGUACAACUUUCUAAACGGGACCACAGAUAGCAAUGACCAAUGCAACGCGUUCUACAGCGCCUACAAAGCUGCGGAUUGCGAGCACGAUACUCACGUAGUGAUCCUCGACGAAGACGACAAGAACAAAACUGACAAAGAAGACGACCUCUUGAUUGAUGACUUUUUUGAGAACUGGGAAUGCUGCGAUAGUAUACAGCAAUUUUAUGAAAGGAACUGUGAACAAACUUCUGAGCUACAUAGUUCUCGAUUACUGGGAAUUAUGCUUGUUAUGCUUGCCUGUACUAUGAUCAAGGCUCUACUGAAGGCUUUUGGUGUGAAUUGGCUUCCAGAUGCGUGUGCUUUCAUUUUGGUUGGUACAAUCGUUGGAGCGCUAGUCCGUGUUGUGAACAAGGGCUUGCUCCAAAAUCGGCAGAGUUUCGACAACGAUUUGUUUUUGCAGAUCUUAUUGCCGCCAAUCAUCUUUCAAGCGGCACUGAGUAUAGAUAAACGUGCCUUUCGAAGAGAUCUCUUUCCUAUCUUGCUUUUUGCUGGUCUCGGAACAGCUUUUUCUGCCGUUGCUAUUGGACUUAUCACUCAUCAUGUCAGUACCUUGGGAUCUGAAGAUACGCUUCCGCUGUUGGAUUCGCUUGUGUUUGGGUCUCUUAUUUCUUCCAUUGAUCCUGUGGCUACUUUGAGUAUUUUAGCUGGCGUUGGGGUCUCUCAAACUGAUACACUCUACACGCUAAUCUUUGGCGAAUCUCUUCUGAACGAUGGUGUUGCCAUUGUUCUGUUCGAAACGUUGGUAGAUCAUCUUGGGGAAGAUGAGGAACUUGGAAAGGAAGCAUAUCAAGAAAUGGCUAAGCAUUUCUUUGUAGUUCUUUUCGGUUCGAUUGCAAUUGGAUUGGCUAUUGGUGCUUGCUGCACCGUUUAUUUCUACGUUCUCCGUGGUCGGCAAACGGCUGUCACUGAAGUUGGUGUUUUUUUCUGUUGGGCUCUAAUUCCCUACUAUGUUGCUGACGGGUUAUCUUGUUCUGGAAUCAUUGCUAUCAUGGUAAUGGGAUUCCUCAUGGACUAUUAUGUGAUUGGCGGAUCUCAUCCACAACAAAAUCCUACAGUGAAUGACUACAUGCCAAUGCAAAACUUCGGGAACGGUGAGGAACGCGCCAUGCCAUUCGGAGGUGGAGAUCGAUGGACCGAUCUUCAGAUUUUCUUCUCUCAGGCAUUCAACGGAGAUGGUCAUAUCCUGUCUAGAUCAAGGACGCAUGUAGGAUUCGUGGCACAUGUAGUUGCUUCAAUCAUGGACACUGCCAUAUUCGCAUACCUCGGUCUCUUCUUGUUUUCUGACAACAAAUGGGAUUUUAGACUCAACCUUACAGCAAUCCUUGGCGUCGUCUCGAGUCGUGGGGUGAUGGUUGGAAUUUUGUCUCUUUUGAUCAACAUUUUCGUGUUCUUUGACGUUGAAAAUAAGCUCAAGCGUUUUUACAGGUCAUUUAGGAGAGUUAAUCUCGCAGAUGACGACGAUUUCACAGAGGGGCACAACAAACCAUAUCUCGACAAGAAAACUCAACUAAUUCUUCUGCUUGCUGGUGUUCGAGGUGCUGUUUCAUUUUCACUAGUGGAGAGCAUUCCGGUCUGGGACCAGGUUACGAAGACAGGAUCAAAGUACAAGGCUGAGCUCAAGGCAAUGACUUCUUCCUCAAUUGUGUUCACUUUGUUUGUAUUUGGAGCACUGACCUAUGUCGCAGUGAAGAGGGGUGACGAGGGAGAACGAAUACAGGGAAGAGGGCUCGGUCAUCGAUUAAUUCCAAAUGACGACGACGAAGAUGAACUCGAUGCUGUAAACGCAUCGCUGGAAAUGGAUCACAAUUUUGUAACACCAACAGUCGAGGAAGAGCAGAUGCAGUAUCCACCGCGUCCACAAUGGAUGGAGUAA